UCGCAUUCAACACUUUACACCAAUAGUAAUUUCCUGAUGGUCUGAUCAUCAUGUGACUCAACCCUUCUGUAUACACAGUGCUGUCACUGGCACCGCACUUACUUCACAUCAGCGCGUCUCAAGCAAAUCAUGCCGGGCAUUCCACGACCUCACAUCAAACCCCGCAUCCUAGCAUGGUCUACUAGAAUCUUACCAGAAGAUGUUCAUCUAUCGCGGCAGACGCGCUCAAUAGAUAAUCCGUCCGACAACACAAGCAGUCUCUACUUCCACUACCCAUCCGGCCGCUGGCUCAUCAACGAAGCCCACCAACCCGAAACGUACUAUACUAACUUCAACGUUCCCUCACUGCAGCGCACUACCAGCCGACUGAUGUAAAGCCGAUAUAUACACUAUCUGAGGGGCAUUUCAAAAGGUGUUCUCUUUAUAAAUAGAGAAUAAUAAGGAACAGGAAACAUUGGCAAGAAUUCUG